AUUGUUGGGAAAAAACUGUGGACGUUAAAAAAAAAACUGGGUUGCGCUGCCCGUGUAUGUCUCCAUCAGUGCAUUGUCUUGUGCAAAACAGGAAAGACAAAUUGAGUGCGAGGUUACAAGAUGACAGUCUAUGUGACACUAGCUGAGACAACCUUGAUGCUCAGUUUGUUUGUUUCUCUCAGCAUCCAAAACUCCUCCCCAUAGCUUUCCCUUAUCAGUGUCUAUUGAUAUAUUGGUAUCGGUAUUCUACUUCGGAGAAGUGGAAAAAGACUGGUUAUUGCAUAAAGAGAGAGAGAGAGAGAGAGAGAGAGAGAGAGAGAGAGAUAAAUGGCCCGGGAAGAAACUGGAAACAGAGGAAGCAGGUGGUCUCUUCAAGGAAUGACAGCCCUUGUUACCGGUGGAACCAAAGGAAUCGGAUAUGCUGUUGUUGAGGAAUUGGCAAGCCUGGGGGCGACUGUACAUACAUGCUCUCGAAAUGAGGCCCAACUCAAUGAAUGUUUACAUGAGUGGAAGAUGAAGGGAUUCCGAGUCACUGGUUCAAUCUGUGAUGCAGUGUCUCGAACCCAACGAGAGGAGCUAAUGAGCACAGUCUCCUACAUUUUUAAUGGCAAACUCAACAUCCUUAUAAACAAUGUGGGAACGACCACAUCAAAACCGACCUUGGAGUACACAGCUGAAGAUUUCUCAUUUCUCAUAUCUACCAAUCUUGAAUCUGCAUAUCACAUGUGCCAACUUGCUUAUCCUCUUCUGAAAGCUUCAGAAGCAGGAAGCAUUGUUUUCAUUUCUUCGGUUGCUGGUGUAGUAGCCACAAGUAUUGGAGGAUCUAUAUAUAGUGCAGCUAAAGGAGCGAUCAAUCAACUUGCAAAAAAUUUGGCAUGUUAGUGGGCAAAGGAUAACAUAAGGAGUAACUCUGUUGCGCCAUGGUUUAUCAAAACUCCCCUGGCUGAAACUUUUCUGAACAAUGAAAAGGUUUCGGAGGCUGUUAACUGUCAAACCCCUCUUGGACGUGUAGGAGAGCCAAAGGAGGUUUCUUCCUUGGUGGCAUUCCUAUGCCUACCUGCAGCUUCUUACAUAACCGGUCUGACUGUUUGUGUUGACGGAGGGAUAACUGUAAACGGCUUCAGCUUCCCAUGAGCAGCAGAAAAUGACGUUCAGACACUCCUUACUGGAAUAUGUUUUUGGUAUUGCAAGGAAAAUAAAUAAAUAAAUAUAUAGUUUAUUAGUUCUGUCAGUAAUUGGAAGGAAAAAAAAAUGAUUGUAGCAAAUGGGAUGCACAAAC